AUGGAUUUUCUUACCACUCUGCCUAUAGCUCCUGCAGCAACAAGUUUAGCGGUACUUGUUCUGUUAGUGGUGUUUUUGUGGCCGGAGAAGAACAAGAGAUACACUCCUAUAGCCGGAACUGUCUUACACCAACUGAUCAACUUCCACAGGGUGCACCAUUACAUGACUGAGCUUGCAUGCAAAUACAAAACUUUCAGGAUGCUUGGCUUCUUAAGAACUGUGGUUUACACUGCAGAUCCUGCAAAUGUGGAAUAUGUGUACAAAACAAACUUUGCUAACUAUGGAAAGGGAGUGUACCUGCAUGACAUUCUGUCUGAUUCUUUGGGCGAUGGGAUCUUCGCUGUGGAUGGGGACAAAUGGCUGCAUCAGAGGAAGACAUCAAGCUCUCAGUUCUCAACCAAAGUACUUAGGGACUUCAGCAGUGAAAUCUUCAAAACAAACGGACUGAAACUUGCUGGCAUAAUUCAUCAAGCUGCAAACUGUAACAAAUCAAUUGAUAUCCAAGAUUUGUUUAUGAAAUCAACCUUGGAUUCAAUCGUCAAAAUUCUACUUGGUUUCGAUCUAGACACCUUGUCAGGAACAAACAAUGAUGAAAGUAUCCGGUUUUCAAAUGCUGCUGAUGAUUCAAAUGGAGCUACCCUUUAUCGUGUUUUUGAUAUCUUCUGGAAGAUCAAACGGUUCUUGAACAUUGGUUCAGAAGCAAUGAUAAGAGAAAAUAUAAAAGUGGUGGAUCAAUUUAUAUACAAACUAAUCAACAGAAAGAUUGAAACACUCCAAAAUUCAGAAGAUGAUGAGCUACCUGUAAAGAAAAGAGACUUUAUCUCUAGACUUAUUGAAACUAGAGAGACUGAUCCAAAGUACUUGAGAGACAUGGUCCUUAGUUUUAUUGCUGCUGGCAAAGACACAACUGGUUCUGCUCUUUCAUGGUUUUUCUAUAUGAUGUGCAAGCAUCCCAAAAUACAAGAAAAAAUUGCACAGGAAGUUAGAGAAGCAACAGGUCUGAAUAAUACUUCAAGCGCUGAUGAAGUUGCAGCCAAACUUACUGAAGAAGCCCUUAACAAAAUGCAAUACCUCCAUGCAGCCUUGACCGAGACACUCAGACUCUAUCCUGCAGUUCCAAUGAAUUCGAAGGUUUGUUUCUCUGAUGAUACCUGGCCAGAUGGAACUAGUGUCAACAAAGGGCAAGGGGUAAUGUUUCUACCUUAUGCAAUGGGCCGGAUGGCGUUUAUAUGGGGAGAUGAUGCAAAAGAGUUCCGGCCAGAGAGAUGGCUCGACGAAAAUGGCAUUUUCCGAGAAGAGAAUCCUUUCAAAUUCUUGGCCUUCAAUGCUGGACCAAGGAUUUGUCUCGGAAAAGAUUACGGUUAUAUCCAGAUGAAAAUAUUUGCUGCCAUACUUCUAAGCAGCUACAUAUUCACUCUCGAUGACAAGAACGAUGUUCUGAAAUACAAGACAAUGAUCACGCUCUAUAUCAGUAAUGGUCUUCAUGUUCUUGCCUCUCCAAGAGUGUAA